AUGGAUGCUAGACAAGAAGAAAUGAAGUUUCUUGGACUCUUUGGUAUUUACAGAGAAGGUUGCAAGACCAUUUUAUGGAGGAGGAAGAUCUUCGCCCACAUUACCAUAGCCUUGAUCCUUCCCAUGUGCUUCUUCUUCUUAGCUCAAAUUGUAGCAUCUGAAAUCCUCUAUGAAAACAGUACCAUCCGCAAAGGUAAAAUCAUGGACGGUACCAAUCCCGCCGAAUCUCUCAAAUACAGGCUUCCCAAUCUAUCCUCCUCUGAAUUUAAGAUUUACUUGCUUUUCAAGGCAUUAUCAAUUAUCUACCUCCUCAUAGUCUCCCUCCUCUCUACCUCUGCUAGUGUUUACACCGUCGCUGGCAUCUACACCAACCGGAAAGUGACAUUUAAGAAUUCCAUGAAUGCUUUUACCAAGGUCUGGAAGAAACUCCUUGUUACCUUCUACUGUACUUGCGUUGCUUAUGUUGCUUACAACGUGGUGUCGUUGAUUGGCUUUAUUGGUUGGGGAAUGUUCAUGAACACAUCGAUCAAACUCAGACAAGCCAUUGGUGUUGCUGGAAUGGGAGCUUUUAUGGUUAUGUACUUGGUGGGUUUGGUGUAUAUGGGAAUUGUUUGGCAAUUGGCUGAUGUGGUGGCUGUGUUGGAAGACGUUGGAGGGUUUCAAGCUAUGAAGAAAAGCAGGGAAUUAAUCAAGGGAAAGAUGUUGAUGGCCAUCCUUAUAUUUUUCAACUUCAAUAUUAUGGUUUUGAUAGUAGAAUUUGUAUUUAGAAGGAUGUUUGUGCAUGGCAUGUAUACGGGGAAGAUGGAAAGGAUUGGUUAUGGGAUUAUAUGCUUGAUGUUGCUUACCAUGUUGAGUUUAUUUGGGCGUGUUGUUGAGACUAUUUUCUACUUUGUCUGCAAGUCUUGCCACCAUGAAAGUAUAGACAUGUCAACUCUGUCGGAUGAUCAUCUGGAAUUUCAUCUUCUGGCAUUUCUGGAGUACCGAAAAUUUACUGGAGAUCAAUAUGUCCCUUUGAAAGACAAAUGA